AUGACCCUCUUCAUCAACCGUAGCAAGGACACUAUUGGUGACACCGAGGUAAAGGGAUAUUGGGAUCCAAGCCCCGGCAUCAUGUUUCGACCACUACGGAGCAUGGACCGUCGGGAUCUGCACCUGCAGGACUGGGACGGGAAUGACGACUGCGAUAUCAUCUAUGUCAACCCUGAGACCAAUGCCGUGGAAGUUUUCCCUAACCAAUGUCCACAGACUGGCGGUUGGGGAUGGACUCAUUUGACAAACCCAGCUCCAGGUCGGACUUGUGGGUAUAAGAGGGGCCUCGGUGUCUUCGAUUUGGCUGUUCGCUCUGCCGAUUUGACUGGGAGCAAUCGCGCCAACUACUUGUGCAUCGCACCCGAUGGCACCGUUAGUGGCCACCUUCAACAAGACAGUGGCGCCUUUGUCGAUGUCGGCCAGAUCAAGUUUGCGAUCGGAAAGGAUCGUGCCAACCUCCGCUGUGCGGAGGUUGACGGUGACAGAAAUGACGAUAUGCUUUGGAUUGAGAAGUUUUCAGGUGACACAUGGGUCUGGUGA